AUGGAGCAAGAUUGUUGCAAGUUUGUGCAGAAAUGUCAAGUGCAUGAUGAUUUGAUUCAAGUCCCGCCUCACAAACUCAAUGCUAUGAGUUCGCCAUGGCUGUUUGUAGCUUGGGACAUGGAUGUCAUUGGUCCAAUAGAGUCAGAUGCCUCCAACGGACACAGAUUUAUUUUGGUUGCCAUUGACUACUUCACCAAGUGGGUGGAAGAAACUUCGUAUAAGUCGUAUAUCUCCACUAAAUUUUUUGAGUUCCCAAAGUUUGUGAAUACAUAUAUCUUUUCCCUUCCUAUUUCCUUGGCUCCUUCCAUUUACAUAGAUUCCAAACCAAACAUGAAUUCCGAAAGAGAAAACAAUAAUAAGGCCAUAGUGAAAACUCUUUAUAAGGCAUUAGCAUGUACAUGUGGUGACACUAAUAAAAAAGUUACCGGUAUUAUUGUUGAUGACUUAGAAUGGUGGUUUCAUGGACCACAAAAUUGUCACUAUAUGAUGAAACUUCUCACUGGAGAACUAUCUAAUAAUAAUAAUUCUUUCAAGUUUGAGCCAAGAAGUGUAGAUGCUAUCGAUGAUCGUGUUAUUGUUGAAGGAUGGGAAGGUGCAAAAGCUUAUUGGGUACAUGUUUGGACAUUUAAAGAUGGUAUUAUUACUCAAUUUAGGGAGUAUUUCAAUACUUGGCUUACUGUGACGGAGUUGAGGCCUAUGGGUUGGCUGCGCUCCACCACACUGUGGCAGAGCCACCCUCGAGACCUCGCGAAACGCUCACUUCCGGGGCUUAUGCUCGCAAUUUGAAAGUGGUGAACGGAUGUGUCAUGUCCUGUAGUACUAUAUAUAUAAUCCGUUAGGGAAAAGAAAGCAAGGAGUGUUUGCCUUCUUCCUUACCUAAGUGUGAAAAAAUGUUAAUGUUCAAAGUUUGGUUACAUAUCCAACGGACAAUUUGAUGAAAUAUUGUCCCAUUUUAAUGUAGGAGUGUUUGACUUGGCAUGGUGUUUAAGAAAAGAAGGGAGACUUUUGAAAAUUGUGGUUUAAAAUAAUUGUU